CCGAAACGUUGUGCUCCUCGUUGAUGGGUGCGCCGAAGCACUGCCGUAGUGCUGCUAGUGGAGGGACAGGCCCCGCCUGGCUGGGUAUGAGCUAGCAUUCAAUGAAACCCGUGACGUUGAAAUCCAAGCACGAGCUCGCGUCGAUCGUGGGACUUAUCUAUGCAAUUCAUUGUUCAUUUUCUCCUCUUUCCUCAUUUUUCUUUGAUGAGAAAAUCCUCAGUCGUGAUCCGAAUGCGCGACAAAUACAUGGGGAAGUUCGUCUAGCUUUUUGUCUGUAAAGUUGCACGCGCGUCUGUCAUUUCAAACUUUACUUACUCAAACAUGCCAAACGUAACAACUCCGCUUCUUGCGGACUCGGACCGAUCCAACGAUGCAGGCGUCAAUCGCAACUCGCGUUCCGACCAGUCGCCCUCUAGCACCCAUGGCAGCUUCUGGCAGACGCGCCUCAGGGAGGUGAUUUUGUUUGUCUGGGCACUUGUCGCCACUGCCGCCGUCAUCGUCCUUGCUGCCUGGUCUCAACACCGCGGCCAGACUGACGAUUCACACUCUCCAGCCAAUGCGAAGCGCAACCUCAUCUUUAUGGUCUCGGAUGGCAUGGGCCCGGCCUCGCUGUCAUUGACGCGCAGCUUUCGUCAGCAUGUCAAUGGCCUCCCAAUUGACGAUGUUCUCACUCUUGACCGUCACUUUUGGGGAUCCAGCCGCACUCGCUCCAGCAACAGCCUCGUCACCGACUCGGCAGCCGGCGCCACUGCCUUUUCCUGUGGUCUCAAGAGCUACAACGGCGCAAUCUCAACACUACCCGACCACAGCCCCUGUGGCACAGUUCUUGAGGCUGCCAAACGGGCAGGCUACACCACUGGAUUGGUUGUGACCACUGACAUCACGGAUGCGACGCCUGCCUGCUUUGCAUCGCACGUUGAUUACCGUUCACAAAACGAUGAGGUUGCCGCUCAGGAGGUUGGCGAGGGCCCGCUAGGCCGUGUCGUCGACUUGAUGUUUGGCGGUGGCCGCUGCCACUUUCUGCCCAACACCACCCAGGGCAGCUGCCGUGCUGACGAUGUCGACAUCACCAAGAUCGCCCGCGAAAAGCAUGGCUGGAACUACAUCGAUAGCCGCAGUGGGUUCGAUGCGCUCAGGGAGGGCCACAACGUUGACCUCCCUACUCUUGGCCUCUUCGCCCCUACCGAUAUUCCCUUUGAGAUUGAUCGCCGGAACCAGUCUGACAUCUACCCCAGCCUGAGCGAAAUGGCCAAGACGGCGCUGCGCGCCCUGGAGAAGGCCACGGCCAACACAGAAAAGGGCUUCUUCCUCAUGAUCGAGGGCAGCAGGAUUGAUCACGCUGGACACAUCAACGACCCCGCCGCUCAGGUCCGCGAGGUGAUUGAGUACGACAACGCCUUCAAGGCCGUGCUUGACUUCUUGGAGCGCAGUGAAGACGAUGGCCUCCUAGUAGCCACUAGCGACCACGAGACGGGUGGGCUCUCUACUGCGCUGCAGGAGCCUGGCCAUUAUCCCGUCUAUAACUGGUACCCAGAGGCUCUGAAGCGGGCCAGUGCCUCUUGUGAACGGUUGACGCAGAGGCUCGCCGCUCACCUUUCCUCCAACCCCGACGCUAUAGCCUCUGCCGACGGCCGCAGCAAGUUGCGUAGCUGGAUCAACGAGACGCUGGUCUACGAAGGCUUGGGUAUCACCAACGCCAACGAGUUGGAGCUGAGUGCCUUGGUUGCGCAACCGGAGAACGCACUGGUCAUCUUUGCCGAGAUGAUCAGCCUCCGUGCCCACGUCGGCUGGUCAACCCACGGGCACUCGGCUGUCGAUGUCAACGUGUACAGCUCCGGCGGCCCGGCUGCUGAGAAGAUCCGAGGCAACGUGGAGAACACUGAUAUUGGCAAAUUCCUGGCCGAUUAUCUCAACCUUGCCGAUGGCGUCAAGGCGAUAACCAAGGAGUUGAAUGCCCAAAGGUCGUCGAAGAGCAUCAAGGCUGUGCCUGACAUGGUUGGGCAAGAGGAGCUCCUGGGAUACCAAGCAAAGGGCCUCCCUGAGAAUUGGGGUUCUCUUGAAGGAGCACAGUUCCACUUGUAGCUAAUUUGAUUUCAGCCAGUGGUCAUAAUUUCCACUAGUGUUUUUUUUAAGUUUUUCGUCGUCGGAACACAUGUGCGCAACGGAGCAGCAUCUGGCGGCGAGAGGUUAACCGAUGAUACGAUUUCCCAAUAUCGUCCUGCUUUUCAUAAAUAUAUAUAUAGAAUGACUUUGGGUCGUUUAUCCCAUGUUAUGACCACCAUUGCAUAGACUUGGAACAUUGCGAAAGCACCACUCUUUUUUUUUCUUUCUCAUGACCAUGUUAAUGCUUAAAGUAGGAAAAAAAAAAAAAUCUUUUGGC